GAAACAUAAACGACGAAAGAAAGAAACGGCAUGUUGGUAGGCCGUAGCCGCGGGCACCCGCAUAGUAUACGUAUUAUUUCGUCCCUGGUAGUACUGCCGGCUGUGGAUGCAGGCGAGAACGUGCGCAGCUGUAAAACGUGAGUCGCUGCGCUCCGCAGCUGAUGCGGUUCGUUGUUGUCCGUGUUUGUAUUUGUUUGGAAAAAUGCGACAGAACACCAACGAAUUUCGACAGUAUUAUUACUGCCAUUUGAACGGACUAGGCACGUAUGUGAUUCGGCAAAUAUAUUGCGAGUGAUAGUGACGCACAAUAGGGAAAACAUUCGAAAUGACAUCAAAUAUUUGCAAAAAUAAGCAAUUUCAAAAGUGAAGUAAAAAUAAGUUUAAACUUCAACAUUGUUGAGUUCAAGAUUGUCCUUUGUAUUUGGUUUUUAAUAUCAUUCACGAAUUACAUUUGUAACAAGUUGUUCAAAAUACAAAGAUUCAUCUUAGUAACAAUCCCCGUCUCGAGGACAAUAGGUAUUUCGAAAGAAAAAUAGACAAAGAGUUCCCAUUGGCAUAUGCUUUGUACCCUGUGGCUCCUUUGCGAGGAAGAAAUUGUGAAAAAAGUGUCAUGUUUAUUGAUAACAUUUUGCGCGAACGUGCGUUUUGCUCGAAGCAAUAGAUACUAGUUAAAAAAGCAAAGAACAAUGCAUCGUAUCAUUUUGUCUGAGAAUAUUGUAGAUAUAAAAAAAAAUUACACGUAGAAAGUUCCUUACUUUGAUACCACUUGAAAACACGAUAUUUUGUUGUUGAUAUGUGCACAUAUCUUGAUAUUUAAAUUCGCUAGCAUGGUGGAAUUAAAAGAUGCGGUUUACACGAAAGUUAUUUGACGAACCUGUUUGUGUUGUUCUGUUCAUCUGGUAAUAAAAAUUUAUACGAGAAAAAAGAAGUAUAUUCUAAGCGUGCACCGACACCCCGCUAAAAUGUGUGUAAUGUAACGGAUGUAUAUAUUUCUUAAAGCAACGACAGGGCUAACUCCAUUAUGGAGGCACUGCGUUUAGCUAUACAGACACGGCUAGGGGAGAGGAUGGUUAGUAUGAGCUCUAUGCUCGUGGAAACAGUUAGUAUAAACUAUGAAGAUUUUAAUGAAAGUUUUUUAACAUGUGGUACAUGUCUUUGUGUUUAUGAUGGUGGAGAACAUACUCCCAAAUUAUUACCAUGUUCACAUACGGUAUGUUUACACUGCUUAACAAGAAUUGCUGCGUCUCAGACUCGCGAGACCGGUGCCUUUCGAUGUCCUAUUUGCAGAGAAUUAAUAACAAUUCCACGUGGUGGAGUAGCUGCUUUACCACCUAGUUUCCUAGUGAACCAAUUACUUGAUCUCAUGUCCAGACAAAGACGGGAGGUUAUUCCAAAAUGUUCAGUCCACAUAAAUCAAGAAUUGUUAUUUUGUGAAACAUGUGAUACAGUGUUUUGUACAGUAUGUACAGGUGGUAAUCAUGCAGGAACAUCUCCAGGAUGUACUGAGCAUACUAUCAUACCAUUUAGUAUUGCAAUAAAGAGGAUGUCUGAGAUCUUGCUCUACAAAGCUAAUGAAUGUAUAUCCAAGUUAACACAAGCUCAGGAUUCUGUAAAUACAGAAUUACAACGUUUGGAAGCUUCAACAGAGAGGUGUUUGAGUGCCGUAGAUACUGAAUUUGCUGAAAUUAUAUCAAAAAUUGAAAGGAGACGUUCGGAAUUACAAGCAGCUGUUACUGCUGCUGCAAGAGAUAAGAAACAUGUGUUAGAGGAACAACAUGCUCUGAUAGAAGCUGAAAAAAAUAAGGUGCAACGAGAAUGUGAAGGCUUACAAUAUCAGGUUGAAGUUCGAAAUAUUACACAAAGAAUUGGUAGUUUAUCUGACCAACUCGAUGCGGCAUCAGCACUUAGUGAACCUAAAGAAAAUGCUUUUAUAACUUUUGAAUUUAAUCACAAUAAUGCUCUUUCUCAAUUAGAGGAAGCUCUUAAUAACUUGGGAAGAGUACGUUCUAGUACAACAUUGCCAGGCUUAUGCAGAGCCCGGUUAAAAGACCCUGCUAUAGCGAAACUGCAAGCAGCUGUAGUAGUAGAAACUAUUGACUAUCAUGGACAUCCUAGAAAUGUUGGAGGAGAUCUUAUUACUGCAGAAUUAACCUUAGCAGAUAGUAUCCAUUCAGAAAACCAAAGUUCCAAUAUUGAUACUGAAAUUAUAGAUUUAGAAAAUGGUACAUACGAAGUAUUGUUCCGACCCCCAUCUGCAAGCCGCUAUAUCUUAAAGUUGUCAGUUUUCGAGCGGCCUAUUAAAGAUUAUCCUUUAUUUUUUGAUGCAACUGAACAUAAUGAACCUAUUAAAAUCUAUGGAAGACGAGGAAUUGGGAAAGACGAAUUUCAUCAACCAGUUGCAGUUGCUGUUGAUGAUGAUGGCAUGAUAUAUAUUUUAGACACUGGGAAUUCACGUAUAAAGGUACUCAAUUGUGAUUUGGAGUUUCAAAGGCAUAUAAUUAACGAAGGUCUUGAAGGACGUAGUUGUACAGGAAUUGGUAUUUCUCAACAAGGUAUUGUUGUUGUCAAUUGGAGAACGAGAAAAGUAACUGAAAUGAGUUCUCUAGGAGACACUAUUAAAUCUUUUUCCCAUAAUGCAUUUCAAGAACCAAUUGAUGUUGCAGUAGAUAGAAGUUAUGGUCAUAUACUUGUUGCAGAUAAUGGUCAAAGUUGUGUUUUUGUAUUUGAUUCUGAUGGCAAAAUUCUCUUUCAGGUUGGAAAAAGAAGUACAUUCAAAUUGAUUACUUCUGUAACUGUUGGACCUAAUGGUGAAAUUGUAGUUGCUGAUAGUCGUAUACAAGUAUUUUCCGCUAAAGGAGAUUUUUCUGAGGAAAUUUAUUCAGAAGGCAAAGGAAGAGGUACUUAUGGAGGCCUUGCUGUUGAUGCAGAAGGCAGAAUACUUGGAACUCGCACCGAUAAAGGUCGCAGUAUAAUUCAAGUUUUAAAGUUAGGAGGAGGUAAUAUUUUAACUGAAAUUGAUUCACAUAGUUCAAAACUACGACGUCCUUCAGGUAUUGCGGUACUACCUGACAAUCACUUAGUAGUUGUAGACUUGGGAAAUGAUUGUAUAAAAAAAUAUAGAUAUUGGUAAAAACAAUUGAGUUUCAAGUAUCAAAUUUGUUGUAUGUCCAACAAAACUAAUUCAUCCAUCGCUGACAUAUACCAAAUAUAUAUUUAAUGUAGCUUAAAUUAUUUGCUUCUCUAAAAGACUUUUUUUUAAUAAUUUUAUGUAUCAGUUUAAUAUCUACAUUUCUUAAGUUUUUCAUCUACUGUUUUUUAAAGUUACAGAGUUGGAUCAAUCAAAAUUUCUUUGAUAUAAAAAAUAUAUAUAUAUUUUAUAUAUAUAUUGGUGAUAUUUAAUAAUAUAAGUAUUACAUAUCAAUCUAUGUGUGUAAUACUCAUAUGAAACAAUAUUUAUUUAUAUUUUAGAUUUUACGACGUAAGUUGUUUUCCUAGAAUAAAACAGACUUCAUUAACAUAAUGCAAUUUAUAGUGUUUCGUGUCAUGUUUACUAAUUUAAUUUUUUAAACUAAAAAGUAAUAGAUGAGAUUCUUUAUUGUUUAGUUUUUGAUGUUUACCUUAAUUGAUGUUGAGAUAUAUUGUAAUACAUAUUUUACACUGCCAUAGUCUAAAUUCAUAACAGUUAUCAUCAGAGUUCAUUUAUUUCAUAGAAAUGUAUGUGUAUAAAUGUAAUAAUAGAUUAUUGAAAUUUAUAUUUAAAGAAUUUUAUUUACGGCAAGGUUAUUUAAACGUUAAACGAAAGAAUUCCGCUUAUUCACAAGACUCCAGAUAUUGUAGAAAUUUUUGAAUAGAUAUCUUUUAUCUCCUAUAUUUGAUUCUGUUUAAAAAAGCGCAUCAUUUAUAUUUAUUAAUGCCAUUAGUGUUGAAUGAAUAAUAACAAAAACUAAUAAUUUCACAACUAGUGAAAAAUGACUUUGUAAUUAUUUUUGACAAGUAACAAAGACGACGCUCAUCAUAAGAUCAAAGUGUGUAAUAAAACUAAUAUCCAAUAUUUUCUUCGAUAAAAAUUCGAAAAAUAUUUUUAUAUAAUUUACCAAAGGAACUUUCCCGUUAAUUUCUUUUUUUUUUUUAUUUAUAAGUGAUAUUUCUUUCAUUUUCACUGAAUCCGUCUUACAUUCUAUAUAUCUUUUUUUAUGACAUUCUAGUUUGUUGUAAUAAGGAGUAAAAUCUUAUUUUGUGAAUAUUAAAUUAAUGAAAAAUAUUUACAUGUUAUUCUUUUAUAUUUAAAAAUAUGUAAGUGCUUUGUAUGAAAAUGUCUUAAAGGCAAUAUCAUUAUAAAAAAUUAUUUUAAACUAGUUACAUUUAGUGUGUUUAACACAGUAUUUAACUCAUUUAUUUUAUACAGAUUUAUUAAUUAUUCUCAAUGAACAUUAUAAAAUUCACUUAGUUUUUAUUAUCAUUCAAAGCAUUUCUUGCUCUGAUUUAUAUACUCAUUAAAACUUUUAAUUUAGAAAUACAUGGCUUUUUUAUGAAUCCAUAUAAGAAGUAAUUAGUGUAUUAUAAGUAGAUAAGAAAAUAAAAAUAAAUUAAGAUGCAUGCCAAUAUUUUUCCAGUAUUAUUAAAAAUUGAAACAAUAUACUUUAUUUGUAUAAACUUUAAAUUUUGUAUAAAAUAUAAAAUUAUGAAUAUAUAUAAUUUAUUUAUAUGUAUGUAAAUUAUUGCUAUUGCUAUUAUUACUAGCAAUAAUUUACAAAUUUAUAAAUGAUAUCACUUUCAUGAUAUUAUACUUGCUACAAAUAAUUGGCGCAUAUAUUUUUUUUAUAUCACAACACAAUUUUUUUAUUCACAAAAAUAUUUGAACAGUACUUAAAACUUUUAACUUUGAAUAAAUUUGCAAUGAAAGUGAUUAAAAUGAUAGAAAAAUGCUAAAGAAAAGAUUUAGCUGAGAGUUCAUGAAGUCUUAUUUGCUUAAAAUUUAAUCUUAUUUUAGUUCUUACAUCAUAUUUAUUAUGUUUAAUAUUUUGCAGUCCUUUUCAUCACUAUUAGUAAUUAAAGAAAGAAGUAAUAACAUGUGUAGACUAAAAUGGACUGAUGUAUGAAUUAAAACACGUCAAUGUUGUGUUCAGUUACUAAGAAACAAA